AUGCAUGAAGCGACAGUGGAGAGGAAAACUCCCCUUUAACAGGGAGGAGAACCUCCAGCAGAACCAGGCUGAAGAAGUCAAGCAUCCAGUUUCACAGGGGGGGGGGGGGCAGUUUGCUCACCAGGUGCUGUGGGUUGCUGGUAGUAACUGCUUAGUUGAAGUCCAGGAACAACAUCCAUACACCAAGUCUUGUUUUCUUCCAGGUGUCCUCGACCAGCAUCCUCUGUAGCUCGGUGGGAGGGGCAGGCAAGUUGGUAUGGGUUGAAUGUUGGGGAAGUCGAGAUUAUAUGAUGAUUGUCCAGUUUGAAGCACUCCAUCACAGUGGGUGCUAUCAGGCAUCGCUGAGAGACCAAGAUUUUUUGGUACAAGGAUGACUGUGGCAGUUUUCAGACAUGACGGUACCACAGGCUUGUGAGAUGUCAUGCCUGGAGCAACCUUCCUGGAACCAUGUCCUGCGUGAACACACAGCCGGCCAUUGAGUUCAUUGGGUUUCUGCAGACAUCCGCUGUGGCUGCUCCUCAGGACGGGGAGCAGACGUUGUGGCAGUGAGUACCUGCGACAGCAUGAAUACAGGUUCACUGUGAGAUAAUUCUUCCAUCCAGAGUUCAACUCAUACAUGAAGCUUCAAAAUAUAAUUAAGCAAAGAAAAAAAGUCAGUAAGGAGACCUUUGUUUAAUAAAGUGUGCGUCAAUAAAGGUCUGUGUGAUUGCAUUAAAAUGGCUUCCACCGUGAAAUUUCACGGUAAAUGAUUAAAACUCAUGUGUUUAUGUUUUCUCCUGCAGAUGCUCCUCAGCGUCCCUCUGUGUCAGUGAGUCCCUCUGGUGAGAUAGUGGAGGGCAGCUCAGUGAAUCUGACCUGCAGCAGUGAUGCUAACCCAGCAGCUAGCUACUCCUGGUACAAGGAGGAUGAGGAACAAAGCAUCAGUGAUGAAGCCCAGCUCACCCUCAGCUCCAUCCAGGCCUCUGACUCUGGACAGUAUCGCUGUGUGGCUUCCAAUCGGCUGGGGAGGAAGAUGUGUCAAUACGAACGUAUCCGUGUGAAACCUCAGUUUUCAGAUCGACCAGUAAAGAUAAUGAACAUCAUCAGGUUGACUCUGGUGGUCCUGAUGCUGAUUCCUCUGGUGGUCUUCAGUCGGUGGACGUGGAAGAAAACUCUCGGCUCACAAACUGGACCAAAUGAAGCUGCAGAGGGGAUGCAGGUGAGAGGCCCGGCUACUGUGGGAGAACUGGAACAGUUGCGUCUGUGAUGGAUGUGAAGUAAAAGCCCAGACUCAAAAUGUCUGAAGCAGUGUAAUUAAUAAAAGCCAUCGUUUUCUGUUUCCUUCAGUUUGACUCUGAGCUUGUUUAUCAGAACAUCUCAGCCUGAGAAGUCGUCAGCGAUGCUGAAACAGAUCAGCCAGAGGAGCCUGCAGGGACCACCAGUCAGGCUUCAGCCUGGAAGGAAGGAAGAGGCUGAACUCUUAUUUCAGGGGAAAUAAUACAACAAAAACAGUGCUUCAUAAAAAUAUUAUCACAUAUACAUUCAAUACUAUAUAUACACAAUUCAUAUGCAAGUAAUAAUAACCUCUCUACACCCUAAACUCCAGUGUAGGCGCCACUGGCACACAUCAGCUCACAGUAUGAAAACAGGUUUGUUUGGCCGGGCGUGAAAACUUGUGAAAAUCUGUUCAUGUUAGUAGUUCUGUUGUCAGAUUGCUCCACUGUUGUAUUGAAACACUUCAGAACGACAAUUUAUCAAAAGAACUUCUGCAUUUAUCUACACUCACCUCAAACAUGCUGAACAAGCGAGUUGAAACGCUUUUCCAUUUCGAGUGUUUUUUUUUUUAAAUUAAUAAGCAGAAGUAUGUUUGUGUACAUGAUAAUGUUUUCUAAACUUUGAAUUUUAUACUUUGUAAGAAAAUGACGUGUUUUCUUGUCAUGAUUCUAAAGGAACGUUUGUAUGAUGACUCCAGAGGCCUUCAGUUUUAAAUCCUUAAUACCAUGUUGUCAUUUAAUACAGAGAAUGUGAGAUAAUAAAUAUUUAAAUACAUAUUU